AUGAUGGAUAGGUCUCCGUCAGAGUUGAGGUUGCUACCCGGUCCCACUGGAGUGAAAUACGAUGAUGCUUUAAUGACAUUAACUGUUCACUUGGUUGUGAUGGGGAUACGAGGGAAAACGUUUGCACGUGCUGCAAAUACGGAUGUACAUCUGAAAUACGACGAUCAAAGUUUCAGCAUUUUGCUGGAAGUAUUCAAAUUGAACAAAAAGGCGAAGCCACCAAUAAAGGAUGUAUUGGAUACCCGCUUUUACGAAAUGGAGAAGUGCCCAGGCAAAAUAACAAAAUGUGAAUAUAAAUUGAAGAAAAAUCAGUGCAUUUUAACACUUCACAAGGCUGCGCCUGCUUUAUGGGCUAAUAUUCUGUCACUGUGA